ACAACCCAGAAAUUUCAAUGUUCACGUCGUCUUAUUCUUCUUCUACAGCUCGAAUCAUUCUCAGUCGAAGGAGCCCUUUACAAAUUUUGAUAUCAUCAAAUAUCUAUCAUCUCCGUUCACUCUCUAAUCAAAUCCACUUACAAAUUUCUACAGCUAAUUCUCCUUUAAGAGAGACAAGGUUUUUCUCUUCAUCUUCUUCUCCUGUUACUUCUUCUUUUUCAUCAUUUUCAAGACCUAGUUUUUUAAUUCCCUUAAGAUCGUUUUCUGAAAUGGCAAGUCAUUUUAAGAAAACCCAUGGUUCUAUUCACGAUUUCACUGUCAAGGAUGCUAGAGGCAAUGAUGUCGAUCUUAGUACUUACAAGGGAAAAGUUUUGUUAAUUGUCAAUGUGGCUUCGCAAUGUGGGUUGACUACCUCAAACUACACAGAGCUUGCUCAAUUGUAUCAGAAGUACAAGGAUCAAGGUUUAGAGAUACUUGCGUUCCCAUGUAAUCAGUUCCGUGGGGAAGAACCAGGAACUAAUGAGGAGAUUGUAGAGUUUGCUUGCACUCGCUUCAAACCAGAGUAUCCCAUAUUUGAUAAGGUGGACGUUAAUGGGGACAAUGCAGCACCGAUAUACAAGUUCUUGAAGUCGAGUAAAGGUGGUCUGUUUGGGGAUAGCAUCAAAUGGAACUUUGCCAAAUUCCUCAUAGACAAGGAAGGCCAUGUUGUUGAUAGAUAUGCACCCAGUACCUCCCCUCUCAGCAUCGAGAAAGACAUUAAGAAGUUGUUGGGAGCCUCAGCUUAAUUUGGGGCCUUGGCCUUUUGUAAGAGCGAGACAAGUGCGACCAUUGUAAAAGAAAAUACACUUUCCUGAAACACUGUGUAUGUGGUAAUAAUUUGGUGUUGGUAAAUCUUUCAGAAAAACUGUGGGUUUCUUUCA